AUGGUUGAUGAUAAUGGAAAGCUCACAACCCUUAGCCAUUGAGAGUUUUUCUUCUAGUUGGUUAUCUGACCAUAAAACCUCCUUAGAUGGCCUGGUUGAGUCCCCCAGAGAAUCUUUUGGGUACUAUUAUGGAGAGUCGUCAAAUAGAUUUCUAACAGACCAGAACUUCAAUUUUGAUGCUACUGCUCAAACUCCCGAACCUGUUAUUAUUCAUGCUGAUGAGCUUUUCACCAAUGGCUUCAUUAGACCUAUUUAUAUUGAUCCAUCAAAGAGAGAUUCUUGUAAUACCUUAGAUUCCAUUUCCAUACAAACCCCACCUUUUACUUCAAGAACUGAGAAUCCAAAGGGGAGGAGUGGUUGCUGCUUUGUUAGAAAGUAUAGGAAAUCAACAAAGAAAGUCCUGAGAAGCCUUUUUGAACAUCUCAGACCUUUGUGCCAUAAGCUAGGGUGCUCGAGAAAAAGUACCAGGGUUGAUGACAUUGAGAGGAGGAUGAUGGGGAGAGCUAAGAGCUGGAACGGUUCACCACAGGCAUCUCCACAGCAGUUUACACCUUGUGCUUCAAUGGGUGCUUCAUGCCAUCUUGAAAACUCUAUUUAUGAGGCUGUUCUUCAUUGCAAAAGAUCAAUAGAAAAAUGAUUCAUUCAUGCUCUCAAUAUGAGAAAAAAGAUGAUAGCAGAAUAAAGAAAGAGCUGCAUGAUGGGUGGAAGCUGAUCAAGUGUCAACUUUUUAUUUUGUCUCAUCUAUGUGUCUUCUUCUUUCUUAGAUGUUUAUGAACGACAGCAAGGUUCUUUUCUUUUAAACUAAUAAGAAUUAAACUAAUGUGAUAUGGAUUUUUUCCAGCUUCUUGUUAGUAAUGUAAAUGAACUUUCAUAUUAUAUCUAUAAA